UUGGAUAAACUUUGAUUUUUACGUAAUUUGUUGUUACUUAUUGUCGAUUCAAAGAAUUUUAAUUUACGAUCGUACACUAUGACGUAAAAUUAAUUAAGUUUUCUCUAUACUUAGAACUGCAUAGUUUUAUUUUGUGUGCUGUGAAAUUAUUGCUUUAUUGUAACCUUAGCAACAGAAUUCAUUAUUUAUAAUAUAUUGAUCAAACAUUACAUAAUUUAUGGCAUUAAUAGUAUUUUAUAUUUAAGUUAAUAUUUUUCAAAUAUUAUUAUGUUCAAAAAUACAUUUCAAAGUGGAUUUUUAUCUAUACUGUAUAGUAUUGGUAGUAAACCUUUACAAUUAUGGGAUAAAACUGUAAGAAAUGGACACAUUAAAAGAAUUACGGAUAAUGACAUUCAAUCACUAGUGUUAGAUAUUGUAGGUACAAAUAUUAGUACAACGUAUAUAACAUGCCCCGCAGAGAAAACGAAAACAUUAGGAAUUAAACUACCAUAUUUAAUCAUGAUAGUAAAGAAUAUGAAAAAGUAUUUUACAUUUGAAGUACAGAUCUUAGAUGACAAAAAUAUAAGAAGAAGAUUUAGAGCAAGUAAUUAUCAAUCAACUACAAGAGUAAAACCAUUUAUUUGUACAAUGCCUAUGAGGCUUGAUGAAGGUUGGAAUCAAAUACAGUUUAAUUUAGCUGAUUUCACUAGACGUGCUUAUGGUACUGGAUAUGUGGAAACAUUAAGAGUUCAAUUACAUGCAAACUGUAGAGUUAGACGGGUAUACUUUAGUGAUAGAUUAUAUUCUGAGGAUGAAUUACCUGCAGAAUUUAAACUUUUCUUGCCUGUUCAAAGUAAAGUUGACCACAGACAGAGAGUAGAUUAAAUUUAUAAAAGCGACCAUAAUCCUUUACAACUGAUAAACAACAAAUAGUUUUAACUACUUCAACAAUUAUUGUCAUCUUAGCUCCACCAGAUAAAUCCACUUUAUGUUCUCCAAUUUCAGCAACUUUAUUGGCUAAUGCUUCUAUAAUUUGAUUACGUGGCACUGAGUUGUUAUAUCUAUGACUAAAAAUUUUGUAUUAUUUAUAUAAAACUCUUGUAUAAUAUAAAAAUAAACAAUUUAUUUUUUACUUGAAAGCAA